UCUCUACAACUCUCUCUCUAGAGCAAGCAAGAAUGUUGAAGGCCGUGGGCUCGAAGGGUGUGGUAAUAAGGAUCAACCUGGUGGUUCUGGCUCUCUUCCUGGUGGUUUACGCCACUCUUUUUUUCUGGCCCACCUCCUCCUCUGUGUACCUCCAGAAUGGAACCCUAAUGCUUCGACCACCAUUGCCUGAUUGUCUUAAAUUCAAGAGAGAAGAUGGGAAGGUAGGAAACCAUGAUUCAAAGCAUCAGGUCACCACCUGUGUUUAUUCAGAUACUCAUAUAAAGGCGGAAGAUGGCAACGGAGGUGCGAUGAAAGCCAUCAGGGAGACCCAUUUCCCAGCCAAGAGCAAGUUGGGUUUCCGAGAGGACAGAGGUGAUGUUGCAAAACUAGUUCGCGGCAUCCGAGUGGCAAUGGUGAACCUGAAUUCUAAAGAGAGAGUGAGAUUCACCAAGAGUGCGAGGGAAGCGGUGGAAAUCAAGUUCGAAAGGGUCUCAUCGCAGCUCGAGUGGACGGACCUAUUCCCCGAGUGGAUCGAUGAGGAGGAGGAGAAUGAUGGGCCGUCAUGCCCCGAGAUUCCAAUGCCGGAUUCUUCCAGGCUGCCGGAAUUUGAUGCAGUGGUUGCCAGGCUGCCAUGCAGUUUCCCGGAGGUGGGUUGGGCGAGGGACGUAUUCCGGCUUCAGGUGCACCUGGUGGCAGCAAAGGUGGCGGCACGGAGCAGCAAGAAAAAGGUGAGGGUGGUGCUCCUUGCAAGCGAGUGCCGGCCAAUGCUGGAGUUGUUCAGGUGCGACGACAUGGUGAAUCGGGUGGGGGAGGGGUGGGUCUACGAGGCAGAGGUGGCGCGGCUGCGGCAGAAGCUGGCGCUGCCCGUGGGCUCAUGUAGGUUGGCCCUACCACUGUGGAAAGAAGGGAGCAACGAGGUGUACGAAUUGAGCAGGGCUGAGCACCAAAAACGCCCAAAGAGAGAAGCCUACGCCACGGUGCUCCACUCUUCGGAUGCAUACGUAUGCGGCGCGAUCGCCCUUGCCCAGAGCCUCCUGGCAACCAACACCACGCGCAACCUCAUCAUCCUGGUCGACAAGUCGAUCUCUGAAGAAAAGCGGGAGGGCCUCCGGAAGGCUGGCUGGCAGGUGCGUGAAAUCAAGCGCAUCCGGAACCCCCGAGCCCAAAAACACGCCUACAACGAGUACAACUACAGCAAGUUCAGACUAUGGAAACUCACUGACUAUGACAAGAUCAUAUUUGUAGAUGCAGAUAUGGUAGUCCUUAAGAACAUGGAUCACUUGUUUGCCUAUCCCCAAAUGUCAGCUACUGGAAAUGAUGGAUCCAUAUUCAAUUCCGGGGUCAUGGCCAUUGAGCCCUCGAAUUGCACCUUCAGGACCCUAAUGUCCCUCCGGAAAGAGGUUGUUUCGUAUAAUGGGGGUGAUCAAGGUUUCCUGAAUGAGGUAUUCACGUGGUGGCACCGAUGGCCUCGCAGGGUUAACUUCUUAAAGAACUUUUGGUCGAACAAGACGGCAGAGGUGACUGUGAAGACACAAUUGUUCGGGGCUGAACCCCCGAAAUUGUACGGGAUCCAUUAUUUGGGGCUAAAGCCCUGGCUUUGUUACAGGGACUACGACUGUAACUGGAAUGUGGAGGACCAACAUGUGUACGCAAGCAAUGUAGCGCAUCGAAGGUGGUGGAGAGUGCACGAUGCCAUGGAAGAGGGGCUGCAGGGAUUCUGCGUGCUCACCGACCAGCGGAAGAUAGACUUGGAGUGGGAUAGGAUGCAGGCAGGCAAGGCAGGCUUUUCUGAUGGGCACUGGAGGCUCAAAAUCACUGAUCCCAGACGACAUGUAUGAUUGCCAUAUCUGCUUGGGUACAUGAUGGAUUCUAGUCACAGCAUUCGCGGGGGGGCAUUAUGAGACUCGACAAAUAUCGUUCGGUUUGGAUUUCGAGAUAUGACCGGCUGGGAUUGAGUGCUUCCUUCUUCUAUCCCUGAUGGAUUCGGUGUAUUUUGUGAUUAAUUACACAGGAAAUGUUUUAUGAAUACUGGUGAAGCCAUUGCUUUUGAUAUGUAUAUUUAUUAAUUUUUGGGGUAGAUAAGGUUGGGGAUAUUAUGAAAUAAUGAGAGAGGUGGUGGAAG